AUGAAUAUGCUCGAGACAGACAUGUGUGCGACCAGCGACAGCCUGUACAACAUUGUCCGGUUAGCGGCAGUGUUCGGUGGUGAUUCAACGAAAGAUUUAAACCAGUAUACCGAAAUGGUGGAAAAAUUGUGUGUAAUCGACAGUCAAAUGAACAACCAUCGGAAAGCAAUGGAAGAUUCGUCCAGGGAAACAACCAUUGAAGGCUUUGAUCAUUCGUACAAAACUAAGUUGGAGAAAAAGAAACCCAACUUGCGGUCGCACAAACGGUACAAGGAAUUUGUACAAUAUGCCAAACCACUUCUUAAUCCAUCUCUGGACGGACAAACCACUGAUCAGAAUCAGAACGAUGGCGAUGAAUUGAUGAUCGAGGAUGAUAUUCCUAAUAUGAUCGAUCCAAUAACAAAGCGCCCGUUAGAAGUUCCGGUGCGCAAUAAGCAGUGUAAUCAUGUGUACGAAAAGACCACCAUGGAGCAGCUGCUAAAGCGAAACCCACGAACCCGCUGCCCCAUUAUGGGAUGUGCUGCGCAAGGAUAUGUUCAGCUUAAGUUGCUUGAGGUGGAUGUUAAACUGCAGAGGCAACUGAUGCGAGCCCGUUCAGCUCUCUUGUAA